UUUUUCUUCUUAUGGCGGGAGACACUUCCUUUCUCGAGCUGUUUGUUUACUUCCUGCGUGUAUUCAGUCAAACUAAACCAACUGAAGUGAAGUUCCCGGUUGGAGUUCAGGAGAAGCGCCAUCGUAGUCCGCGUGUGGCGUUAGCUUGAAACGCUCGCAUGUCUACGUUCAUGGAGGACUCGCUGUUUAAAGACAACCCGCUUCUUUUGCCUGUGAACGAGCAGAAAACGGUUUAUGAUGGAUUCAUCUCUGUGCAGGACAAAGAUCUACGAAUCCGGAUAAUUCUGCCUCCAGAUUUGCAGCUGAAGAAGGCCAAACUGCACUGCGGUUGGGAGCUAAGACACCUGCUGCGGGGAUAUGAGGCCAUUGUCAAGCAGCGGCUCCAGCAGUCGGCCGAUCUCUCCGGCUUCAUUCUAGAGUUGAAGACUGUGCUGGAAGUGGGUCUGAAGAGCCGUCCUGAGUGCUGCUCCAUCCCUCCUCCUCAGUAUUACGCUCAGAUAAUCUCUGAGAUGGAGACCCUUGGGUGGGACAAGAUGGUCCACAUAGACAUGGAGUUCCAAACACUGAAACUGAAGGCAGAGGACUCGUCUGGGAGGCAGCACAUGCUCACCGUCAGACUCAAGGCAAAGCAUCCUGCUGAGGCUCCCGAGUGCUCUGCUGACCUGCCGGUCCCCCUGUCCGUCACCUGGACCCCACAGAGUACUCUGGAGCAGCUUUACAGCCAGUUCCUUCUGGUUCUGGAGUAUCUGACUGAGUUCUGGGAUGUUCUGGAUGAAAUUGAUGAGAAGACCUGGAUCCUCGAACCUGAAAACCCCAGCCGUUCGGACACAAUGAGGCGGAUUGCCAUUGGAAACAACUUAUCCAUCAAGGUGGAAGUGGAUCCUAGACACCCUAAGAUGCUGCCAGAGUGCUGCCUGCUUGGAGCAGAGCAUGCAGUGACACCUCUGAGGAAUAAGCUGAAUGCCAACAUGCACCUGUGGAACCCGGACUCCAGCGUCUUGCACAACCUCCGGGAUGUUUUGGAGAUCGAAUUCCCGUCACCUGCCACCCACGAGAAAUCUGGCUUCAGCGUGGAGUGCGGCAUCUGCUACUCCUAUCGCCUUGAAUCCGCCAUCCCUGAUCAAGUGUGCAAUGACCCCCGCUGUGGCCAGCCCUUCCAUCAGGCCUGUCUGUAUGAGUGGCUGCGAGCGCUCCCCACCUGCAGACAGAGCUUCAGCAUCAUUUUUGGAGAGUGCCCUUACUGCAGCAAGCCCAUCACUGUGAAAAUGCCAAGUGAAGUCCAGAAGUUGUGAGCUUGAAGAAAUACUGUCAAACAUACAUCUGGGAACUGCUAAAAAGACAAAAAAAGUUUCAGUUUAUUGGAGGUUUAUUGUGCCUUAACAAACUGUAACACAACACUCAAUAGGAGAAAAAGGCCGACCCAGAAGAACCAGGACAUGUGAGAGUGUCUCUGCGUGGGAGCAGCAUCUUGUCUUGGAUCUGUGUGAACAGAGUGUUUCCACAGCUCCUGAUCACUGCGGCGUCCUCUUUCAUCCCACCCUUCUCUGUAAUCCGUGUGUGUUUGCAUCUUCUUGUCACUCUGUGUCCUCGUGUGCUUUCCUCUUUGAUGCUGGGGUUGAUUUCCUUGUUGCCCUGACAUCACAGCCAGAUCAUUUGUUUUCCUGCCGCUCCAUUGGGUUCUAGUUCUCUGUCAAAGAGGGCAAUUCAAGUGCAUGUUCUUUUAGUGUGUAAAGUUCAACUAAAGAUGGUUAAUAUUCAGCCCAGUUAUGCUUGAGAAGUCUGCUCGCCCGUCUUUUGUUGUUUUUUUUGCCUCAGAGCUGUUUGGACCGAGCACCAGAACUUACAGGAGGACCCCUUACAUGGUCCAAAUGAAUGGGUUUGGGUCUCACUUCCCCUUCUUCUCCACUGUCUUCUGCAUAGGUGCAUGGACGUCUGGGCCUCAGAGUUCUCCUGGCAGGAGGUGAAGCCUCUUCCUUCUGUAAAACAGAAGGGUUUGGUCACACAAUGAGAACAAACAUCAAACGUAAAAGUACCGGAACGGGAACAUAAGAUGAGCUCAAACGUCAGAACGGCACUAUUUUUUGACCCAGAAGUACUUUGAGUGCAGCAAAGAGACAAUUACCACCAUAGGGGAGUCAGAUGUGUUCUAAAAAAAUAAAUAAAAUAUUCAUUCAUUCA